AGGAAGAGUAGAAUACACUUUGUAUAGAGAGAGGGAGAGAGGGAGGGAGAGCUUGACAUCAGAGUAAGUUUGUUUCAGCGUUUACGGAUUGAAUCGACAGAAAUUAGAUAAAAAGGAAGAGAGUCGGGUUAAAGAGUUCAUGGCGAACAGGCAUACAAUUAUUCUGAUGCAGACUUCUCAGAAUCGGGCAACUAGAACGUUUUUGGAUUAUGAAUCCAUAAGUCAAGCAAUUGAUGGUAUUUGUGCAUUAUAUGAAAGAAAGCUUAAGGAUCUCUACCCAGCCAUUGGGAACAUCACUUACGAUAUUGCAGAUCUCUACAAUUUCAUUGAUGGGCUUGCAGACUUGAGUGCACUAGUCAAUGAUCAUUCCAUUCAGGCUUACCUUCCAUACGAUCGACAGUGGAUUAAACGGCACACCUUUCAUCACCUCAAGAAAUUGGUAACAUAUUAAAGAGAACAUUGUAAGCUACACCCCAAUCUUAGUACUCGGUUUUUAUAAAGCACGCAAAACAGA